AUGAGCCUCGCCGGCCCCGAGCCCUCGCCCGAGCCCUCGCCUCGCGUGCCCUCCGUCGUGGUGUGCGGACUCGACUGGACGCUCUGGCCGCGGCCGCGGGUCAAGUCUUCCGGCGUCGCCUGGGCGCCGGCCGAGGGAGGCGGAGGUGGGCUGCGCUCCCCGUGCGGCGCGCGGCUCGACCUCUUCCCUGGCGCGCGGGCGGCGCUGGCGGCGCUGGCCGACGGCGGCAUUUCCCUCGCCCUCGCGUCGCGCAGUCACCGGCCGGAGUGGGCCGUCGAGUGGCUGCGUUCGCUCCGUGUGGGCGAGAGGAGCGUGGCCGAGCUGGUCGGUGGGUCGCCGGUGCUCUUUCGCGACGGACCAAAGGCGCUGCACGUGCGAGAGAUAGCGGAGCGGGUGGGCGUUGCGGUGGAGGAGGUCCUGUUUUUCGACGACCGCCUCUCGGACGUGGUGAGCGUCCGUCGGGAGGGCGCCACCGCGGUGCACUGCCCGGGCGGCCUCAGUCUGACGACGGGCGAGCAGCUGGCUCGGCAGCAGUUUCGCGUCGAGGCGGACAAGGCGGAGCUGCGCGACCUCGAGGCGGCGAUACGGAGAGAGGGGCUCCUCGUGGGCGGGAAGUCGCAUGCCGAGCGGGCGCAGGCAUACCGCGCGGCGCUGCAGGCCGAGCAGCCGGCGGCGGAGCAGAGGGUGGAGGAGGAAGUGCUCGCGUUCAAGACGCGGCUCGACGCCGAGGGCAGCACCGUGCAGGCGCGGCGUCGGGCCGCCAUCAGGAAGAUGCAGCUCCAGGUCCUCCAGGACGAGGAGGGCUUGCGCGAGAUCUCGAGGGUCGUGGCCGAGCGCGGGCCCGCUGCCCAAGCGGUCCAGCUCGGGGUCUUCGCGAGUGAUGGACAGCGGUUCCCUGAGUUCAGCUUUAUUCCCUGA